CGCUGCGCUCCAUCGACUCCACCCGCAGACACAGAGACAGAGAGAGAGAGAGGGAGAGAGAGCGAGGGAGGGAGCGACGAAGCUCAGACAAAGACAGAAAGGAGCGCAGGACUUUAGGACUCGACGAGAGCAACCAAUUCUUCCGUCCCGUCCCGUCCCGUCCCUUUCAUCCUCUCUCUUUCUCGAGAGGUCGUCCGGUUGGUUAUAUUUGCGUCGGCAUGCGUAGGGCGUAGGCGCGAGGAGAGCCGUCGCUCUCGACCUUCCUUCCUUCUUCGUCUUCUUAGUCUCGUGCUUGGGCGUCGUUGUGUGUGUGUGCGAGUGUGUGUGUGUCUGUGUGUGCUCGUAGGGAUUUGUGUGAGUUCGUUGGGAGGCGGAGGAUUGGAUUGGAACCAUGUUGCGAUCCAGCAUGAGGCGGGGCCGCCUUGCGAGGUUGGCCAGGUUGCAGCAACAGCAGAGGGAGAUCGGCACCAGCCGAAUUCAGGAGAUGGCUGUGCCCGCGUUGGCGAAGACGCUGAAGAAGGGAGGAUUCAUGUCGUGGUUCGGUGGAGAUCAGCCUUCCACGACUGUUCCGCCGUUGUAUGAAGCUCUCGAAGGUGUGCGACUUCCCCCCGCUCUGCCCGACCAGGUGAAGCCCGGCCAGACCAGGAUGACUACUCUUCCCAAUGGACUCAAGAUCGCUUCCGAGGACACCGCGGGUCCUUGCGCGACCAUCGGAGUGUACAUCGAUUCGGGCUCAAUCUACGAGGAUUUCUCCAACUUCGGAGUCACUCAUUUGCUGGAGCGCAUGGCAUUCAAGAGCACUGCCAAUCGCAGUCACUUCCGAUUGGUUCGUGAGGUCGAGGCUAUCGGGGGUAACAUCCUUGCCAACGCAUCGAGGGAACAGAUGGCUUACACCGGUGACACGAUCAAGACCUACAUGCCUGAAAUGGUUGAGCUUUUGAUCGACAGCAUCAGGAAUCCUCUCUUCCUCGACUGGGAGGUAAAGGAGCAGCUGCAAAAAGUUAAGGCCGAGAUUGCCGAGGUAGCGAACAACCCCCAAAGCGUGUUAUUGGAGGCUUUGCAUUCCGCUGGCUACAACGGUGCAUUAGGUCAUCAUCUUCUAGCUCCGGAAUCUGCCCUCGUCAGAUUGGAUGGCGCCACUGUCGCUGAGUUUGUCGCCCAGAAUUACACUGCUCCCAGAAUUGUUCUGGCCGCAUCGGGAGUUGACCACGAGGAGCUUCUGGCAAUCGCCGAGCCUUUGCUCUCGGAUAUGCCCGCUGUUUCUGCUCCGUCCACCCCAAAGACAGAGUACGUCGGAGGUGACUGGAGGCAGGCAGCAGAUUCUCCAAGAACGCAUGUAGCAAUCGCCUUUGAGGUUCCCGGAGGUUGGAGAAACGAGAAGGACAUGUAUGCAUUGACAGUGCUGCAGAGCCUUUUGGGAGGAGGAGGUUCUUUCUCCGCCGGUGGUCCCGGGAAAGGCAUGUAUUCUCGACUUUACUCUCGUGUGUUGAACAAGUACGAGGAGGUCCAAUCUUUCACAGCCUUCAACAGCGUUUACAACGACACCGGUCUGUUCGGAAUUCACGCCACCUCGUCAUCUGACUUUGUGCCUUCUCUCGUCGACAUUGCCACAAAGGAGAUGAUCAUGGUGGCUACCCCCGGCUCAGUUACCGAGGCAGAGUUGAAUCGGGCGAAAAAUUCAACGAUCUCAGCUGGUUUGAUGAAUAUGGAGUCCAGAGUCGUGGUCACUGAGGAUAUCGGGCGACAGAUUCUUACCUAUGGACACCGAAAGCCUUUGAACGAGUUCAUCGAAGCCGUGCAGUCCUUGACCUUGAAAGACAUCACUAGCAUCUCACAGAAGCUUAUCCAGACCCCCUUGACUAUGGCUUCCUGGGGUGAUGUCAUCCACGUUCCACGUUUUGAUCACGUUGCCAGCCGAUUCCAAUAGACCUCAGCAGUACUUCUGCGGAAGUUUUUACUCAUCAAGUAAGUCCAGCUGAUCCACCCAGGAGGAGUGAUGAUAUACAAGCCACCUGUGACUUUGCUUUGGUCUCACAAUUUCCAUGACAAAUGAGCGGUCGAAAAAACACACGUUCGCAGUGGUAUUGGUAUGCGGAACAGCAAUUACGUGUCCAGGUUUUUCUUGUACUCAGUGACCAUCCCUGCCCCUACGUUCGUUUGGGCAUCUCAGGAAUGUGUUGCUACACCCAAUUGUAGGUAGUAUCCUCAGCAAUAGAGUCAAGUGACCAUGCAUAUGGUUGUGAGUAAUAACUUACAGCAUAAACGCUGUAUUCAAUAGGCAAACAAAGAGAAGACAUUUUUUUCAGAGUUAAACAUGGGAAGACUUGACUAUGUACCUCGGAAGUUCCUCAAGGGGCACCUAGUUCUCAGCGAGCUGGCUCUUUCAUCUGUUUGUGAGUUAUGCUGAGGAUUAGUAAAAUGGUUGAUUAGCAGUCUCUGGUCUGAAAGCUGUGUUUGAAGGUUUGUGUCUCUUAGUAGUUUACAACAGUAAGUUGUAAACUACUCACUGUUUUCUUUCUUUGACAUCAAAUUCUUGAAUCGGGGUUACAGUAGUCUGUCUUGUGAAUGAUCACGAGGGUCGAUGGGGUCAUUGUCUGUCCAGAAAUAUAUAAAUUUUCACUCACAGAAAUAUAUAUGUGCACUUGAG